AUGGCUAAAGAUCAGGAAUUACUUCAGGCGGUAAAAUCCAACGACCUUGCAGCAUUCAGGAAGCUUGCAACAAAACUUAAAGCCUCUAAAACAAGUGAGUAAUACUGGAGGAGACGAACUUUGAAACAAGACAAAAUGAAAUGUUAAGUACCUUUUGCUGAUUGAAUUUUCUUAGACAGGUGAAAUGAAGCUGUUUUAUCGAGAGCCGGCCAUUCAAAUUUAAUGAGGUUCUUAAUGAUGGUUUUAUGAAUUCUUGGUUUGUUUUAAACGUUAGACCUGGUUUUUCGCGUCCCGCAUAUAACGAUCGCUUUGUUUCGCAAGAGCAGGGGAGAGGUUAAUUCGCUUGUCUGCUAAGUGUUGAUGGAUCAGCGUACUCUAUUAUUUUUUGAAUUUGUCUUUCAAAUUUAGUUUUGUGAAAGAAUCAGAAAGAAACCUGUUUAGUGACUAACCUCAAUAAGAGAAGGCGCCAAUGAAUUUUACAAAUAUUUAUUCAAAAUGAAAUCAGAUUUGGGAUCUAUUUUGAUUGCGUCGAUCGGAAAUAUUUACAUGCAUUCAACUUUAUUUUGGGAGAUUUUAGAGAUUUUGAGGGGAUAAUUUGUAGUUUGCAUGAUAAAUACAGGUGUCUAAUGUAUGGGUAAAAUUUUCUCUUUUAUGCCCUGAUUAAAUUUCACACUAUAUUGUUUUUGUUUGAAAUGAGUUGGUGAUGAAUUGGUGAAGGAUACAGCUGCAGAUUCAUAGAAACACUCUAAAUUCUCUCAUGGGCAUCGUCAGCUUAUCUCUCUCUCCCUUUAUUCCUCAGGAAAAUGUCAUUAAAUCCAUAACAUUGUUUACAUUUGUGGCCAUUACCAUCCUUUAGACAUGUUUGUUUAUUUUGAUAGUUUCCUAAAUUAUUUACUAAACACUCUAAAUUUCAAGUUCUAAAUUUCAUUGAUAUUGUCUGCCGUAUAACUGACAUUUUUCUCUUUAUCGAGACCAAAAACAUUUUUAAAUUCACUUUACACCCGUCGUGCCCAUUCAAUUGAAUAUUUUCCUUUAUCCUUUUGACGUUAAGGAGAAAUAUUGAAAUACUAAGGGGGAUUAAAGUAACAUGCCUUUCUUGUGAAUGUUGUAUGUAAGGUAUCAAGUCUUAAUUUUGUAGUGUGCUGUUCUGGUUUCUUUACUAUUAAGUAUAUUGUGAAAACCUUCAAAAUUAAAAGGAAAAAGGACACAUUUUUUAUAACAAAAUUAAUGUCUUAAAAUCUCAUCAGAUACUCAACUGAGUGAGAAUUCAGGCUAGCCAUAUUCUAAGGAUUUUGAGAUACACAAAUCAAAACAGGUUUAAUACUUAUGUGAUGCAAAAUUGAGACUGCAAAAUAGUCGUUUUUUUCCCAAAAUUGGUUUACCAUAUGAGUCUCACACGAGUGAACCAUGCAGGCCUCACACUGUUCAUGAGUACUUGAUUACACAAUAGUAUGGACUGUUUUGCAGUCUAGCUUUGAUUCUAAACUUUAUCUUGUGAACCAGCCUGCCUCUUGGUUUGGAAUCAAGCACCAAAAACUGUGCAUGAAACAGAGCUUAUAGGUCCUGUAACUCAGGCCCAACUUUAAUCUUAACAUCUUAGUUAUGCCGGCAGGUGCACCUGCAAAAUGUCAAACCCAGCAUCAUAUAUGUUGUUGUUCAAUUUUACAUGUAUCCUCAGUUUAAAUGUCUUUUCCUUUUUUUUGCAUGGUAAUGUAUGGUCGUCUGUUUGAACCAAAGAAAAUAAAAUUUAAACCAAGGGUAAAUUCAGAACAUAUAUAGUUUGUAAUAGAGAAUCUAGACUGUAGCUAAAGUGACGAAAGAAACAAUAUAUAAUGUCAAUAUCACUGGCAGCGUGCUGCUAUUGAUGUUGGAAAGCAGUUAAAUCAUCUGACUAUAUGAGCUGUUGGAGAGCACAAAUUUUGUACCAAAUAACGAUCCACAACUUAUACUGGUGUUGAUAUAAUGGCAGCCUUUUGACAGCUAUACAUGUAAUGAAACUGAGCUCCACUGAGGCUCUUGAUUUAUAUAGUACUAUGUUAACAUUCUUUCUUCUUCCCCCAAUGUUGUGGAAAAUUUAAAUAGAAUGAGGACUGCUGAGGUCGGGGUUUUUAAAACUCUAAUUGCCUUGUUGCUAUUUUAAUUUAAUUAGUUGUAAAUAGCAGAACAAAAAACAAAGCCCAAUAAAAAAUAUUGGAAUUCUGCAGUGAAUACCAGUUAUUUUUGUCAAGUGCAUUGUUCAAAAACAACAACAACAACAACUAUAACAAUAAUAAUAAUAAUAAUUAUGAUAAUAAUAAUAAUUAUUAUUGUUAUUGUAUUAUAAUAAUGUAAUAAUAAUCAUGAUAAUUAUCAUCGUCAUUAUCAUACAUGUAAAUUUUUUAUAUUUUGUAGAAAAAGGUGGCAAAAAGUACAAUGUCAACAUACAAGAUGAAGAUGGGUAAGCACAGCUUAUCUUCUUGGUGUACUUAAAUCUCUGCUCAGCCUGGUUGAACUAUCACAUUCCCCCCUGCUUUUAGGGAGCGUUGUGGGGUGGGGGGGGGGAUGAUGAGAAAUUAUCUACUAUCUAAAAAAUUUGGAGGACCCUUCCUUGCUGCAUUAAACAUUUUUAGGGACCCCCUUUUAGUAUCCCUAAAAUUUGAGACACCACCAACCUACCCCUCAGUCCUAAUUUCUUCCUUGUCCUGGUAAAUUUGUAUAUCGUGGAUAAUAAAAAAAGUUUCCUUACUUUUGCUGGCAUCAGUAAUACAGCCAGUCAAUGCUCUAACAAAGUCUACGAGUCCUAAGCUUCUGUGUUCACAGGAUUUAGAUAGAUUAGAUUUAGAAGGAGUAGAAAUGAUCAGCAGUAUAAAGUUUUUUGGCUCAGUUACGCUGUAAUCAGGAUGAUAUGCUUGGCUACAGGUCGAGCGUGAUUCUAUAGGUAAAAGGUGAUCAUAUGCAAAUUCCCUUCAACCAACCCUAGUUUUAGUUUACAGCACUACGUGUAGCUCUCUUGGUGAGCUCGUGUUUAACAGCUAUACCUAAGCAACUGAUGAAGGAUCCAACAUUUUGGUUCCGAAACUGGUGUUGUGGUCAUAGCUAAGCAGCGUGUUUACUUAACCGUGCCACACUAAAUCUGGUACCAAAUAGAUCAGUGUCAUUUGGCAUACACCGUGGAAAGCUUGGUUCCAUACUUUAGCUCCAAUUUUUUUGUGGGACCCCCCAAUUUCUCAUCAGUCCCCCUGCCCAACAAGUUUUUGGGAAGGCUCCCUCACUAUAAUCAAAGUUUUUCAGACAUUUACUGGUCAUUUCCACUCUCCUUCACUUGUUCAUGUUUGAAGUAGUGGAACAGGCUCAUGCUAACAACGAUUUUUAAACAAAGAGUCCAUGGAAUGGUUUUUUUAAAACAAUGUAGCGCAGGCAAAUUGCCAUCGUUCUUAAGGAAGCAAACAUGAAACAAACAAUGCAUUGGCACCACAGAGGAGAUCUCACUAUAUUGUAUCACAGACUACCUGUACCUGUACAGAUACCCCAGGGUUUGCAAAUUUUAUUGAUGAGUGGAGUCAGUGUGACUUCUGCUUCACAAAUUUUGGAGUCAUUUUGGAAUAUUUGGAGUCAAGUAUCAGACUUUCCAGCGCGUGGUCCCGGCAUGUAUACACUAUCGUGACGGAUAAACGAAGUAGCUGUGGCGGCACAGGUUAGCCCGAGCUCGAAAUAUGAGCAUCGGCAUUGUUGCGUAACAUUCAAAAUAUAAGGAUUUGUAUGGGAAAAAAACCUAUCGUUUCCGUAACCUACGAAAAUGAAAGGAUUUCAAUAAAAAACAGCUUACCUUACUUAAAAUGCGUGUUACGUCUCUCUAUAAAAAGGUUUACCGGUAAACCUUUAUAUGGAGAAAACCGUUACAUAAAAACCCAUAAAACGCCAUAAAUCGCCCGUGGACCACACAGAAUAGACGUAACACACAUUUUAAGUAAGGUAAGCUGUUUUUUUAUUGAAAUCCUUUAAAUUUCAUAGGUUACAGAAACGAUAGGUUUUCUUCCAUACAAACCCUUAUAUUUUGAAUGUUACGCUAACUAUACCGAUGUUUCGCCGAUGCUCAUAUUUCCAGCUUGGGCUACCUGUGGUGGCUCCGCUGACCUGAAAGCUCAAAUCGAUGCUGGCGGUCAUCGAGUAAACUUUGAUCGUAAUUUAGCCUCUUCCUGUUUUGUCGUGCAGUAUAAUUCGUUAAUUUCGAUGAUUUAAUUCAGCUUUACAACAUUUACAAUUAACGUAAAUUGUAUUAGUUGCGAAAAAGGUAAGGACAAAACUGUGUUUGUUACCGAAAAUUUCUGGAGUCAAAGUCGCUCCCUGUUUAUUACUGAAAAUUUUUGGAGUUGAAGUGACUCCCUCCGUAACCUCAGUGGAGUCAUCUGAACAAUUUUGACGUAAAAUACGCCAAAUUUGGCGUAUUUGCGAACCCUGUACCCAUAGCUGGUUGAGAAAAAUUCCUGCAAAAAUUUCGUGCCACACAGUAUAUGGAUGUCUAGGACAACAAGACAGCCAUUUAUUUUGAACCCUAUUAAUGAAACUCCUGAAUACAAACUAGACAUGACUACUGACAGACUUACCUUUAUUUCCCAUGUUCACCAAUUCAUGGGGACUAUUUCUCAUUAAAAUUUGCAACUUUGUUUUGAGACAGAUUUACGGCUUGCCAUCAUGCAUCGCUUAUGGGCAGCAGUGAAAUUAUCCUAGGGCUUAUUGAUUUGGAUUGUGACAUCAAUGCCAGGGAUCACAAAGGUAUUUAUUUUUAUACAUGCUUAUUUAAGUUGAAACAAGGCUGCAAAUAAUGUUCGGUCAUCAGACAUUGGCUAACUGAAAUUUGCCAGUGUCCAAUGAAAUCCCACCUGUGUUCAGACGUUAUGUCCGGAGAAUUUUUUUAUCAUAAAAAGAAAGAAUAAAGAUCUAAAUCUUACUUUGUGUUAGGAUGAUAUGAAAGUCACGUAACAACAUUGACUCGGGUAGCAAAGUUUUCUUUUACAUUAGUGUAGCAUGUCCUCUGUUUUACCUGAUAUAAAGUUCAAUCUUUCUUUGGUGAUAUCUGACCAAGAUGGAAUUAUGAACACAUUUCAAUAUACAAGAACUUUAAGGGCAGGGCAAUUGCAAGAAGGAAGGACAUCAUUUUUGUCAGCACAGACUUACAUUCAAAAAGAUAAAAAUGUGAUUACCUGUAGUUUAAGUCCACUGUCCUGGACCAUGAAAGUCCAUCCUAUCCCAACAUAAUCCUCCUUGAAUGACUUUGAAAAUAAGGCACUAUGAGUUGCUAUUUUGGGCAUUUCCAUGUAUGUUGUCAUUCCAUGCAAAGUGAGAUUGCUGGGAAGUUGACUUUGAAAGAGUGUGAUCAAAACCCUUGUUGAUUAUUUGUCCCAGAAAAACUGGGACUCAAUUCAUUAUCUCCACCCUCCCCUCCCUAGGGGCUGUUUGCCUGAGAAGCCACUGAACUCAGCUUUAGUGUGACAACAGAACUACAGAAUUGCAUGGAAGUUGCAUACAGUAAGCUUUGUAAACUAAGACUGAGUGGUUAGGAAUGUGAACAAAAUAACUGAUGAAAUGAAAGUCAAAUCAAAAUCCUAAAUCCCUAGUUCCCUUUUAGCUUGUAAGCUGUGCAAUGAAGCCUGCUAGUGUGUGCUGCUUAUGAGGUUAUUCUCUCUGGCAAGGUUAUUGUGGAUACAAUCCUGCUUUGCCUGAAUUUUGUCAGACCCACUUCUUCUCCCUGAUAAUUUCCCUAGAGAAUGAGCUCGAGUUUGGUUCAAAUCCACUUCUCAUAUAGCCUCCCACACAGACAUUCUUUAGCUUGUCAUGCAAUCCUCCCCAUCAUAGGGACGGAGUGCAUGACAAAGCCCUAAGAGUGUUUGCAUGGGAGAGUAAUAUUCUCAUAUUUUUCUGUUGUUCCCUUAUCAGGCAUGUCACCGUUGCAUCUAGCAGCAUGGUCUGGAAAUGUUGAAGUUGCACGUCUGCUUGUGGAGACUGGAGCUCACAUUAAUGCAGGCUCAGAUAAUGGAGACACACCUCUUAUUUUAGCAUGUCAGCAUGGCAACUCUGAUGUGGUUUGUGAAAAAAUCCCAGUCUUUACCUGUGUAGAUGUUUUGGGCAAAUUUUAUCCUUAGUUUAAAUUUAUUUUACCAGUAAAAUAUUAUUAUUGGUAUGAUGAUGAGGAUGAAACCAAUGAAGAAUAUGUGACCAUGCAAGGAAAGGAUAUUGUAAGGGGUGUGUGGGAUUGAGUUACAAACGUUGUGUAAGGCAGAAAGGAGAAUCUGGGAGUUUAUCACAGAUUAUAUGGGGCUUUUUUUUCCAGGAAUCCCUUCAUUAUUGAACUAGAAAUCAGCAAGGUAAUAACUUAGAGUUGAUGUCCUGAUGUUGAUGAUGGUUGGGUUAUUUAUUGCCUGUACAGGUGGAUGUACUGUUAGACAGAGGCUGUAAUUCUUGGAGUACAAACAAAGGUGGAGAAUCUGCUUUGGACCUCGCCUGCAGAUUUGGACAUGUGCAUGUACGUAUCUCGUCAACUGUUAUCGAGCUAUGUGUAACAACUACCGGUAACUCAUGUUUAUAUACUUGCCUCAAGUCUGGUUGUUUAAAAGUGAUCAGAAGACAACAGGGGGUAGAGGGUUUGACCCUUUCACUCCCUUGUUCUGUAGAGAUGUAAUAUAAAUGUUUUCUUUUCCCAUUGCCCGCAAUAUAUGUGGAAGCAUUUUUUUUUUCAAUGAAAAUCCUUAUCCCCAAAAAUGACAACCAUGAUUCUAUGACUUUAUCCAUUUGUGCACGCUAAUUCCCAUGCUGAUUUGACAGGUACAACCAGUUGCCAGAGAACAGUUGUAAAUUACGCCCAUGCUUUCCAUUCCCCCUUCCCCCUCCUGCCUUCAUUAAGAGUUGCUAACAAUACAAGGCCAUGGUCAAAACUUGGAAGAACAAAUUUGAUUGAGGGGGAAGGAGCGGGUGUGUAUGAAGUGUAGUGCAGUGGUGUUUUUACCUUUAGGAAUUGUUUUGGGGUCAGUGAAUUUUGUGCCUGAGAAAACAGAAGACAUUUUGCACUGCCAUCACUGGUUUCCCGGUAAAAUGACAUCUGAGAAAUGCAGAAAUUCCAUACUGAUGAUGUGUCACUACCCAGGAUUGGAGUAGUAAGGCGCCACCAGUAUGGAAUCCUCAGAUGUCAUUUCACAGGGAAACCAGUGUUAGCAUCGCCAAAUGUCAGCUGUUUUUUCAGGCUAGUGGAUGUUAUUUACAGUAAAAUUCCUAAAAUAAGCCCCUCCAUGUAUAAGCCCCUCCCCCCAAAUAUAGGCCCCCCAAUCAGAUAACACAAAAAAACCGUCCGUUAAAUCACCCCUCCAAAUAUAAGCCCCCUGGGGGCUUGUACUUGGAAAAUUGCCCUCAAAGACAAAGUAGAAGAAAGCAAAAAUGGUAAAUUUACUUCCAACUAUAAGGCUAGCCCAAUCGAUUUUGAAACGCAAAUUUCCCUCCGUAGAUAAGCCCCUCCGAAUAGAAGCCCCUCCAAAAAUAAGCCCCUAAAGAAGGGUCUUUGAAAAACAUAAGCCUCGGGCCUUAUUUUUGGAAUUUUACGGUAUUUUUAGUGUUUGGUAGGUAUUUAUGUUAAGUGAUGUGGCUAUCAUUUUUUGAUAAUUUUUAAUUUGGUAAAUAAUGUGGUUUGUUGUAGGUUGUUGAACUGCUUCUCAAAUCAAAAGAAGUGCGCAGUGUUUUAGCAAGUGGUGAACCAACAAAAAAUGAUCCCCCAUUACACUUGGCCUCCAAGACUGGCCAUGUGGAAAUAGUAAGGUAUGGUCACUGUAAAGCUCGGGUUGUUUCUUUGUAUUACGUCAUGUUCCAUAGUUCUAUCAAAGCUUCCUGUUAUAUUGUACAUCUUACGUGUUAAAAUUAAAUUCAGGUUAAAAUUGUGUAACCUUGGCUGGUUUCAAAUUCCUUUGUCUCCUAGCCCUAAUUCAUGAAAAAUCAGGGCUAAGAGAAAAAGGAAAUUGAGAAUCAAACUAGGUUAAGAAUUUUGAACCUGAAUUUAAUUUUGACCUGUAACAUACACAACUGUAAAUGGUUUGCUAAUUCCCAGUAAUCAUGUUUUUAGUCAAGAAAGCUUUAAAAGUUACUUGCCCAGCAAGAAAAUCUACUUGUCCCAGACUAGCAGGUAGACGGGACUUUUUUCAAGCACUGUUUCUAAUAGGACCAAUAGGGCAAUACUAAGCUUUUGUGUACCUUACAGAAUGUUGUUAGAGGCUGAUGCAGAUCUCAACCAUGUUACAAGCAAUGGUACCUGUUUACAUGAAGCGGCUCUUUAUGGAAAAACAGAAGUAGUUAAGACACUUUUGGAGGUAAUCUGCCCUUUGCAAGUCCCUCUCUCUUAUUAAGGCUUAAUAAAUAAAUAAAUAAACACCGUAUUUACUCGACUAAGCGCCUCAAAUGCGGUGCUUAUUUGAGGAUGGCACUUAUUUGAAGGUGGCGUUUAUUUGAAAGUUUGAAGUGAAAUUAUUAUUAUUGGCAUUGUUAUUAAUUGUAUUCAGCCAGCUAAGAACCUUUUAAUUUUCAAUAGAAAGCUUAAGCAACAACGGCAGCGACAGCUACGAAAACGUCACUUAUAACGUGAAGUCGCGCAGCGUCAAACUUUGUAGCCGUUAUUUCUUGUUCUUUUCGUCAAAUGUUGGCAUUUUUUUUCUGGAGUUGAAUUCUAAAAGACUGUAUCAAAGUUCAACAAAAGGAAAAGAAAGUCGUUGUCUUGUGUUCACGUCCUCCACAAAACGUGAAAUUAGGUAUUUUCACGUCGUAGUCGUGCAGUGACGGCAAAGAAAUGUACAAAAAAGCGUGAUGCACGUGCAAAGUUGUUGUUUUGCCAAUCUAAACCUAUUGCUUUUUUGCCGUUCUCGUUAACGUCGCCGUCGUUGUUGCUUAAUUAAGCUCCCUAUUUUUUCGGGGCCGCGACGCUUAUUCGGGGCGGCGCUCAUUAACUUUUUGUCGCAAAUGCGAUGCUUACUUGGGGGCCGUGCUUAAUCAGGGGCGGCGCUUAUUCGAGUAAAUACGUAAUUCUCUGUCUAGAUGGUUUCUCUACUUGAGGAGGAAUACAUUUGUAUGAGCAGUAGCUAGACCUGUGUGUUGACCUGUAUUGACUGGUUAUUAUUUCGGUUAACUCGCCUGCUAACUUGUUUAGUUCUGCGGCUCACGGUACAUAAUUGAAAAACAUCGUCAGACAGAAGAGAGUGGACGUACUGUGUAAAACAGUGGUAAGUACAAGUGAUAGACAACCAGUUAUCUAUCCCUUUGGGGGGGGGGGUUGGAGAUCAUUGACUACAGUAGAAGGAAAAGAAAUAAAGAGACGCUCCCAGUACGGUUAAAUACGCAACUUAUGCAGUUGCGAAAAGAAAGCCUGAAAAAAUUCACGCUUGCUGGGAUAGUAGAAGGCAAAUUAACUACAGUAAUAGGCGAGGGACAUGUAUAAGAAUUGAUUGCGUACCAUUGGAGGAUCAUGACGUUGAGUGUGUUCAACGUACUUUUUAGGUUGCUGAAACUAUAAGACCUGCCUAACACGGAAACCGCUCGUUUCGAAACAAAGUCGUUUCGAUAAGAACUCAAGCAGUGAAAUUGCAUAAAAAUUUUGACAGCUUCAAGUAUAGUUCGCGUGAACAAGAAAAGAUUUGGGGUCUGAUAUUCUUCAGCCUGUUCACACACCCUCUAUUUUCUCAUGAAAGUCCGUCGAGCAAUAAACCGCGGCGGAUUUAUUGACCUCCAGCGAAAAGGGGUAGGGGCGGGGGAAGAAGAAAAUAGAUAUUAAAUUCUUUCUCGCGCUCCGCGCUCGCUUCGCUCGCGUGCUUGCCUCGCUGUCACGCACUCCGAUGUUUUCUAAAAGAACCAAAAGAAAAAUAAAACAACGUCUGAGUACAGGCUAGAUAUUCUUUCUUUAAGCCAAGUACGUGAAACUAUUUUUUAGUACAUGUAUUACACCUCUACGGAAUAAACUUAACUAAAACGACCGUUAACCCCCAACACUGUUGAAUGCAACAUGGUGGAUCCAUUUGAACAACUUGUUGGACAGUGUUGGAACUAUCACGUCGGCGGAAUUCCUUUAAACAGGUUCUUAGGGUAUUGAAAAUAAUUAAUGUAGAUUUAAGGUUUAGUAAAAUCGCCCUGAGAUGGAAGGUCAUAUUUGUUUGUUGUGUUAAUUCCAGUGGGGCAUCGACUCAAAUGCCAGGAAUGAUGAAGGAUACUCAGCACUUGAUGUCGUAAACCUGUUCACAAGUUCCAAAGCAUCGUCAGAAAUCAAGCAGCUAUUAAAAGGUUUGAUUCUUUAUCUUUGCGGUCAAACGCUCUUCUUUUUCUUCUUCAACCAGCCAAGAAACAAAACUCUAUUCACAACAUGCUUAAAGUACAAUACAAAACGAUUGGGCAUAGUUAAUUGAGUAGAAUGGUUAUGAAACCCGUCAGACUCCUUUGUUAUAUGUUUUUGUGGACCUGAAAGUGCACAACGUUCAAAAGAAUUCCUAUCAUUUUGAUUGUAUUGACCAAUAAAAACGUUGCAUUAAUUUAUUCCGUCACAAUUUGCCAACAGAAAACAAAGGAUUGUGCACUUUCACGGUGCUUUGAACAUAAACUGCAGCACUGUUGUUUUUAUCAUUGAUGUUUGCCGCUUUUCAUAACCAGUCUCCUCUAAUAACUAUGGAUUGGGUCAACAAAACGUUUUGUCGCUCUUCAAUUUACAUGACUCUUAUAACAAGAAGAGAGUUUUUUUUCAUUGAUAAUUUCAAUCGUUUCAGAUGCCGCUGCUGCAGACCGUACUGUGUAUGCCAGAGCUGUAAGAGAUCACUUCAACAUGCUGGAUCCUACAGCUUUACCCUUCAAGACUGGAGACACUAUUAUCGUAAGGCCCAAUGGUUGUCUUUUGUAACUGUGUUUAUAUAUUCCACCUGAAACAAGAAGGCACAUACAGCCGAUUUUAAUUAAUAUUCGACUGUAAUGCCCAACAAUUUACUAUUGUACUGGGACGUGUUGCGAUCAGCUAGUCAAUCCAUGUUUUUUUUUUGCUUUUUUUCUGAAGUAACAAACAAACAAUGGCCUUAACCGUGGUCAAACAAGGGAAAAUUGCAAACGUUAAACAAAGUGCUUCAAAGCUUAGGUUGUCAUUUUCGUCCUUUAAAGAUUGAAACGUUACUACUAAAAAAGUUAGUAGUCAAACUCCUCUUAAAAAGGUCUGGUCACUCAAACGCUCUUUAUUUUCCUCUCUGAUAAUCGUGUAUUGAGAUCCUACAGCUCUGCUCUCUUCUUGUUUGAAAACUGAAACAGCGGACUUGUUGUUUUCUCCACUUUACACGGGCACGAGGUUUUUAUUUUGUUGUUUUUUGUUGCUCUUGAUUUUGAGAAAAAGGAAAAAAAAAUGAAAAUAGUCGCAUUUACCAUUUAUUUUAAACAUCUUUUCCCGUGUUAAUAAAGUCCCACUAAAUAUAGAGAGAAAAAACCCGCUACGUUUGACGGCGAUGUAGAUGUAACGAUGGCCUGCUUGCGCACGUCAGUCUUCCCGCUCCUUGUGGUGUUUGCUCGCUUGUUUUUUAUGGCCUUCUCACCUACCAAUCGAAAGUAAAAACAAAGCAACCAUGACUUGCUUACACACGAUUUCCCGCGCUUUGUGCUCUCGAAAUUCGCCUAUUGCAUAUCUCCCAUAAUGCACCUUAUUUGCCCCCCAAAAUUUUGCAUAAGCAUUGUUUUCAAUUUCUCUUAGGACGGCUGUAAUACCCAAGAGAAGUGAAAAACAAAGGUUAUGCAAAAUUUUGGGGGCAAAUAAGGUACAUUAUGGGAGAUGUGCAAGUGGCGAAUAGGCCAUUUUCACGAUGGUGUCAUUUUACCAAGAACGAGAAGUCCAAAGAAUACUGCAAAGCUGAUUUAAAACAACGUGCAUUGUUAUUUAUAACAAUAUUUCGGCUGGCCAUACCAGCCUUCUUCAGGUUUACAGAUGUUACUGAACUUAUGUAGCAAUCACAAUAUAAUAUAUAUGGAGAAUGUCGCAAUAAUUAUAAUAUUGUGAUUGCUACAUAAGUUCUGUAACAUCUGUAAACCUGAAGAAGGCUGGUAUGGCCAGCCGAAAUAUUGUUAUAAAUAACAAUACACGUUGUUUGAAAUCAGCUUUACAGUCGUCUUUGGACUUCUCGUUCUUGGUUCUUUAUAUUUUGGCUGAUUAGAUCUCUUUUCUAGAGAUCCAACGUUUACAACUAGCAGGAUCCUCGUCCACGGUUUUUGCAGUUAAUUUAAUCCUUUGUCAUUUUACUACUACGACCAGAAUCCUUUUCGUUAGGGGCUCUUGUUUUCGUUUUGCCUGUCACAUUUAAAUUUGGUAAUCCCGUCGAGGUUUAAAUAGCAAAAGUCCUAAUUUGCACAAGAAUGCAAAACCCUGGAGGAUUCUGGUCGCAGUAGUAAAAUGAUGCCAUCGUGCAAAUGACCUAUUUGCUGAUUGGCUAAUUGAAUUUACUCUAACAGAGCAGUCACGUGAUAUUAAAAGGCUUUUUUUGCAUUGCCUUGAUGUUUCUUUUUUCGUCUCUCAUUUUAGGUAUUGGAACAAAACGAGAAUGAUAGAUGGAAAGGAAAAAUAAAAAGUGGAGAUGUAAGCACUUGGUGGUUAAUGCAUUGUUUAUAUUUAAUCAAGUUUUCAUUUUGUAGUUUAAUAUACUGGUUUCUUUCUGGUCAUUUCUUAUUCCGUUUAGCUUGUGGUUUUUGACCUCUAACGGUUGUUUUCUUUACAUUGGUUGAAUUUACGCUGUGGAGAUGAGUUAUCAAGCUAAAGCUUAACUGAAACAGUAGAAGAUCAAAGUUUUUACUUAUUAUUUCACAGAAAGAAAAAGUGGGCUACUUUCCAGGAAACUGUGUUAGGCUACCUUCGUCUAGGCGAGGUUGGUUCAGGAAAUUUGUCAUUCAUAGUUUGUCAUGAGUUAUAUAUAUUUUUUUAAUGUAUUAAUAGCCGUAUAAUUUUGCGAUUAGACAUCAUCAUCAUCAUCAUCAUCAUCAUCAUCAUCACUACCACCACCACCACUUCCACCACUAUCAUCAUCAUCAUCAUCAUCACCACUGUCAUCAUAAUAUGUGACGUAAUAUAUCAAACAUGAGAUGCAGUGUUUCAUCACCAGAUGAAACACCGAGAAGAGAGUUGAAAAUACGAGUAUUUUUGACGAACUUCGAGGUGUUUCAUCUGGUGAUGAAACACUGUGUCGAAUGUUUGAUAUUUCUUCUCAAACAAAAUCAUUUUUGAAGGAGAAAUUAAGGAUGCAAAAAUGAGCAGUUUUUCAUCUGAUAUCCAAACACUCAUUAAACAUUAAUUUCCUUUGAAUUUUCUUUAUGAAUUAUUAAUGAGUUUGAGAAAUUGAUAUUCCAGUCAUAUGAGUAUGAAGAAUGUUUGUCACUUGAUUCUAGUUUAGUGGCCGUAGCUUCCACGAGUCUUGUAUAGCUCAGUGGUAAAGUAUCUGGACAAGUAAACAAAAGGUCAUACGUUCGACUCCUGUCAAAUUUUCUGUUAGGUUCAAGUUGAGCUGAUAGCACACACCUUCUCUCCCUCCUACAUUGCAUCUUCCCGAGUUUUUCAGCGGAGAUUUGGGAACAUUUUCAUUAGGGAUCCCAUAAUUUUAACACCUGUAAUACCACAAAAUUUGCUAGGGGAAUCUUUUGGUUUUACGUUUUUUUUUCAAUACAAUACUUCAGUUUAACGACAAUCAAAUUAAGUUUCAGGCAAGAGAUCAUCAAGGGCAGAGUCCAGUGCUGUUGCUAAGGGAUCUUACGAGAUGGUCGCUUUAGCACCAGGUAUAACGAACCUGUGUUUAACGAAGUCCUCAGUAUAGCGAACGAUGUUCUUCCACCCACUAAUAAUAAAGUUUAAGGAAAAGAACCUCAAACAAAACAAAACCCUGUUAUAGCGAACAUAUUUUGCCAGUUUCUUGGCUCUUCGUUAUAUCGAGUUUCCAUUGUGCUGGAACGAGAUGGGGGAAAAUGUCGCCCGGACAUAACACAGUGAGUAAAAGGAUGUGUACAUGUACUUUGAGACAAGUCUUCCGCAGUUCUUUUGGUUAACACUUCCAAGACUUCUAACUGUCUACUACUAUGAUUUUCAAAUUAAGUUCAAACGAUUUACAGUCUCGCGAAACUGAAAAAGAUACAAAGGAACCCGUUCUUUGUUUGCCAGAGAGAUUUGUUGAAGAUUUGCUCCAGCAUUUUGGCAUUUGAGAGUCUUGUUUUUCUUUGAUUCACGUUGGUGAAAGGUUGAUUAAGAUGUUUACAGAUAUAAACAUAUUCUCACUACCUACAAUACACUUGAAUAUACAAUGAGAUAUGGAGGGGUUAAAAUGGUCGCUAGGAUAUCUAAUAGGGGAUAUCUAUUGUUAUGAAAAUAUCCUUGCUAAAUUUCCGGUACUGAAAAUAAGUUGUUUGUUGUUGUUUUUGUUUUUCAGUACCUUCGUCUCCAGGAAUGAACAGGAAUUCUCCAAGGUUAAGUAGCUUUGGUAAAAAGGGAGCACGCAACCGUGGCGAUGAAAGGGCUGAAAGCGCUGAUCAAAGCCCUAGUCCUGCACCUGUGCCGUUGCCUGAGAAAGGUUUGAAGGCCAAAAAGGGCUCAAUCAAGCUGGGCACUGGUUUGCAGUAUGUGGAAGUAGCAGUCGAAAAAGUGCCAUUAUCACCCCCUCAGAGCUCAGCGGGAGGAAGUAAGGCAAACAGCAAAACACAAUACGCUGAAGUUCUUCUACCACCGAAUAAUUACGUGGAGGAGGUGAACGAAUGUGAAGACGUUCCUCAAUUGCCGCAAAAAAGUAAUAAAAAGCCUCUUUCUGUAGACGAACCGGAAGAUAUUUGGGUACGAAAACCGCCUUCCCACCCCCCGCCAUCUUUACCUCCCAAAAAACGGACUAAGAGCGACGCUGCUGAUUCUGAUUCAUCAGCUGCCAAGGCUGUAAGACCACCCGUAGUGCUUCCAACCGUAACCGAACCCGCGAGUCAUGCGAAUCCCGAGGGUCGGUCGGUUCCUAGUGUUUCCAAUCAGGCCAAAAAGCGGGUAGCUACUCCCGAGUUGUCAAGGAAAGGAUACGAGGAAAUGACUGUUGGCCCAGUUAGUGGCGGAAGGGAAACUCCGCCUGUCGAAGACGUAUGGAAACCACAGCCAGUGAAUAUUCGAGAACAUUCUAGGCAGCAGCCAUUACCGUACGAAAACGUCAGCUUACCGCAAAGUAGAAAGGUCCCACUAAGCGACAAGCAAAGCAUGCGUAUCUCAGACAUUGAUCAACCUGCAGAGGGUGAGGAUGGAUAUGUUGUUGUUAACCAACAGCGUUCAAAACCAGCUGAUUCGAGGAGCUAUGAAAACGUCACGCCUAGCGCUGUCACGCAAGGUGCCGUCACGCCACGUACCUCUUCUUCAGCCACGAAACGUGCGGCUUAUGAGAACGUUAAGAAUGAUGGCUAUUAUGUGCCGAUGACUGGAGGUGUUCCGUCGAUCUCAAAACAAAUUGAUCGGACGGAUAAUAAAACCGUGGGAGUAGAACUUCCAGAGGACAGGAAUUCCGCUGAUGAAGGUAUAGAGUAUUCUUAAACCUUUAAGCACCAAUAUCCACAUACAAAUUCUCCAAACUGAUCUCUAUAUAUUUCCUUACAGAAUGAGUAAAGAGAAUCUGAUAAAAGAUCAAAGCGUUUUCCCAUUGGUGAUCAUUUUAUUAAUUCUCAUAACCUAAUCUCUUUACAAUGUAUGGAUAUCGUUAGGAGAAAAUUGAUUUUGGUCGCUAUUGGGACUUAAGGGGUUAAACAGCUAAACUGACUUGUCUUCGCGUCAUUUGAAUUCUAAAAAUAAUGGUCCAGUUUUUAUCAUUUAAGACUAUAUUCAGGCACUGAAACUGUUGCCUGUCGUCUGUUUCUGCAGAUGACAAGGAUGGAAAUAGAAUUAAAAUUAUUAUGUUAACUGCUCCCUGUUGAAAUCUGUUCGAUAUCUUCUUCAUAUCUCUGAUAGCCUGCGUAGCAGCCCGGGGGGGGGGGGAAUCCGCAUAUGAAAGCGGUGGGGAUGCUCGUCGUCUCUCUUAGGGGUGUAAAUUUCGGAUUUUGGUCUCAUUUAGGGUGUUCUGGGCAAAACGCCAUCAUAUGUAUUUGAUAUGUUUAUUUUUAAUUCGCUUUAUUUACUCCAUUUAUAUAAUCCAAGUUUUCUCAUUUGUCUGUGUUUAAACAUGGUGUCUUUUAGGGGUCAAAUAAAGCUUGGGCCACGCGCAGAUCGGUCACCUUUAAGGGUUUAAUUCAAAAUUUCCGACGAGCAUCCCCACCCCUUUCAUGUGCGGAGUCCCCCCGGGCGUAGCAGGCGCUUGGAAGUAUUUGAGCGCUAGGAAGAAUGGGCGCGUGUCUCCCUGGCGCGCCCCGUUGUUUCUUGGGCCCAUCACUUCCAAGUGCCUGUUACGCAGGCUUUAUCUCUAACGGAGCAUUUUGUGUACGGGUAAGACAGUAAGUUCUGACUUCAGCAUAGAAUUGACCUAAAACAGCAAUAUCCUCGUGAUAUAGCCCCUUUUAAAUUAACCUUAAAGAGAUUACAUCAAAUUUGGGUGUCACUCCCAUAUCAAAUCAAAGGGACGGGGAUGACCGUCUUCUCGCUGUACGUUGUUAAUGGCGGAUGUUGGUCUCACUUAGUUACGGUGGUCAGGACCGAAAGCCAAUUUCUUCACACAUACAAGUAUCGUUUAGGACUGUGCAUUAAGAAAUACCGUAAAAUUCCGAAAAUAAUUUUACGGUAUCUUGUUUGAAAAAAAAAAAAACACGCCUCCAUACUGUGUUAAAGACAGCUCUCAUUAGCGCCAUUACAUCACUAUCGCCUUUACUUGGUUGUCUCUUUUAGCAUGAUCUCCUUUAGAGGUCAAAUAAAGUCUGAGCGCCCGCUCACUGAGCCACGCCCUCCUUUAGCUGUUUGAUUCUAAUUUUUCCGUCGAGAAAUCCCCCUUUUUUUGAUAUAAGGUAACUGAAGUGUGCCUGACGGAUACUGAGAAGGACAGUAUACGGAACGAGUUUUCCUAAUCCCUGGUCGACUCUGAUCAUAGUUUUAUAUUUUAUAGUGGAAUGGUUAUGAAGCCUGUCAGACUCCCUUGUUGUAUGUUUUUGUGGACUUGAGGGCGCACAACGUUUAAUAGGAUUCCAAUCAUUUAAGUCAUUUUGAUCUUAUUGAUCAACAAAAACGUCGCAUUAAUUCAUUCCGUCACAUUUCGUGAACAACAACAACAAAAAAAGGAUUGUGCAUCGUCAGGGAGCUCCCCAUCACGUUUUUAUCGUUGAUGUUUGCCGCCUUUCAUUACCAGUCUCCUCUACUUACUAUGCUCUGAUAAAGCUGUAAGCAGGGUCUAAAAAUUGUCUUGUAGGGAAAAACUACGCUCAGAAUACUUUUCGUUAAUUCACGUUUCAGCGUAGUGGUCAUUCUUUAUACGUUAAUCAUUGUUUUUUCUUACAAAUGUCUCUAUCAGUCUAUGUUUGCUAGUUUGACUAGUUUCUUUUGCUGCAGGCGAGACUACAGAUGCGAUGGAUUAUGAGCUGAUGAAAAGUGAUGCAUUACCUGUUAAACAUCAAUAUGUUAACAUUAAAAAACCUGGUAAGUAAAGAGUCUUAAAUCUCAACCUGCUAAUUACAAAGUAUGCAUUUUCAUUCUCUGGAAUUCUGGAAACGUGUAAAUAUACGUGCCUGACACUGCGUAUGAGGACAAUAUUUGACGUCAUGUUUAUGAUUCGUCCGCGUUUCUGGAGAAUUUGUGGUCACAAUUCUUUGGAUACAAUUAAUUGUUCCGCCAUUAUCCGAUGAGUUAUAGAGGCUUAGGUUCUUGCAUGGAAUAUUGGAGAGCGUAAGCAAUGAACUGAAGACGGCGGCUGUGUGUCUACGCCACGAUAUUCAUUUUUGUGCAUUUGUUUGCCAGCUUCUGCAACACGACAACGCAGCUAAGAUUAACUGAAGGUUUUUUUGGAAAACGUGAACUCAUGACAGUGAAAUCCGUUAUUAUCACUGCUGAGCCUUGCUAAUGCAGCUUCGUAAGAUUUUUGCGCUGACAUAUUUUUAGUUUACUUGUUCGUUUUCUAAAUACUUAAUCUACAAGUUUGUUUCACAAGUUUAAAAAGGUGGAAUAAUUGCAAACUAGGGUUUCUUCUUCGCAGCUUAGGUUCUCUGUUGUCACAUCGGCUCCUACACUUAAUUAGUUGGUGAUGUACAUAAGAAACGCUUUGUAGCGUUAUUACUAUCGCGUGAUAGCAUUUUUAUUGCUGAAUCAAAGCUCUAGGUGAUAGAAUGUGGAUGUGAAUAAACAAGAACACUUGUUUGUUUGUUCAAACUGUGGCGAUAUUUGUUUAAAUGUCUGAGUCUGUGGAUAAAAUCUUGCCAUGUGAUUAUCAUAUCUAGCAAUACUUUCCAUUAGUAUUGUUUUUGCUGUACAAUUUUGUAAGCUGAAGACCGGGGGGGUACUGCCAUAUAUGGGCUAUACGGGUAUGUGCCGCUGUGAAGGGUAUCGUUUUCAAUCAGUUUACUCUAGGAUAGAGUAUGUAAAUCAGAGCGUUUGGGUCUAGAAUAGGCUAUCAUUUUUCAGGAAACUGAUCAGUUGGUUGAAGAUUUUAUCUAGACUGGGGAAACAGCUACUCUAGGAUAGGGGGAUUUGGGGAGUUUACUCUAGUAUAGGCUGGCAAAAUUCAGCUGAACUAGCUCUGGUAUAGGUUAAGGGUUCCAGGGUCCCAGCGGCACAUCCCCACCCAGAAAUUCCUAAAGUGCCCCCCCCGGGCCCGGGGGGGCUGAAGAAAGGUUUCAUGUCGGAGGGCUCAUUGCUGCGUUUCAGGCCUCGGUCAUGCUGUUCUUCUGUAUUGAUUGCACCCAUUGUACGCAUUAUGUUUAUGAAAUGUUUCUCAACGCUGAUAGAAACAUAUUUUGUCAUGGAAAAGGAAUAUUUUUAAUAUCUGUUUAUCUUUGAUUUUGGUGCUUGGUGCCUGCUUCCACUUGGCUUAUGACAUUUCUUGUUCGUUUUGUUUAGGAAACGCGGGCGCGGGUGAUCGCUCGGAGCCUACGGGUCAAAUCCCGCUAAAGGUGAGUCAAGAAAGCUGACAGAACACACCAGGUUUUUUUAUGCGUCGUCAUGCAUUCAAAAGAGUAUAGCGUGGGCAUUCUUCCUUCCUUCCGCUCACAAACGCUGAAAAAAGCCCUGACAAAUCCCGACUCGAUUGGAGUUUUCAUUACUUGCGUAGGAAUUAUUGGAAACGAUAUCGUGCAGACAGACGCACCAUAUUACGGAAGUCGCCAGGUCAAAUUUCAAGAGCCUUUGGCGGUUAAUAGGCUCAAGGUGGUGGACCCACCCGUCAGAGAAUUGAUAUACUUAAUCAGAGUCAAGUACUAGAUUACUCCACAGCUUUACUGAGAAAAAUAUCCGCAAGUUAGAGUCAACGUUUCUUCGAAAAGAGUGAGGAUCGUGGUUAAUAGUGGAUUAUACUUGUCUUAAGAUAGUGAAGUGAUUCGUUCAACCUCGUUAUAAAUAGCAUUGACGUCAUUUAUCACUGAAAGGAGAUUUUUUCGUGGGCUUUUUGUUGAUGUAAGUUGUGUGAAUAAGGAAUUAUCCUUAUUUAGUUAUAGGGGGUGUUCAGCAGCAUUUAAGAGAGCGGAAAUAAUCGAGAUAUUUGUUUCCGUGUACCUGUUGUUUGUGGUUGGAUAGCAUACCACCGACUCGUUUAUAAACAAGUUACAAUUUUGGCUUAGUUUUAAACAUGCACAUUCCCUCGUUGCUUACUUCAAGUGAACAAGUGUGUUACCCUGGUGAGUCUCUGAACUACCCAAAACUCGUUUUUGGACAGUUUUGUUUUUCACUUUUAUUAUAGACAGUUCUAGUGUUACUAGAAAUGUUUUUGGUGAGUUCGAAACGGUCGUUUGUCACUAGUGAAAUUUUGUAUUAUUUACUUUUAUCGUUACUUAUUUACUAUCAGUGCAAAACUGUCUUGCUUGACAGCAAUAAUGAUGAUAAUUGAAUGGAUUCCGGGUUUUUUGUUUUUACUGAAUCAUUUUAACCCGUCUUGAAAGGCCAACAGUGACUCUCCUUCUCUUUCAUAAUGACACUGCGUAAUCAACUAAGCAAACAUGUCGUCUAAAUAUCGGAACAUCAGCAAAUAAGGUCUUCAUUUUUAAACAAAUUCUCCUCAUCAAUGCCGCCAGAAAUGUAAGGAAAAAAGUGAGGAGGACACAUAUUAGUAUUAGGGGUUCAAAGGUUAACCACUAAGAUCGUGAGCAGAUGCUACUAUUUCGUCGGUUCGUAGGUAUAUAUCGGCUUGCAAAAAGAAGCUUUUCGCGCGCCAGUACAUUUCAUGAAAAGUAGCCUUUGCUCGCGGGUAGUCAUUUAUCUUUCUCACUGCCAAAUUGUUUGGACCUGAACUCAUUUCCAAUUCUUGUCUCCAUCUUAUGCCACUUAACAUUACAAAUUAAGUAUGUAACUCAGAGCCAUUUAGGGAUAGUUGAGUACUUUUUUCCUGUGCGUUUCCAAUGCACGACUAUUUUUUGGUUGUUACUCACUCUGGUGCUAUAUUUCUUUGCGUUUCGUUCUCUAGAUGCGAGACUACAACGCGCUGUACGACUGGUUGGAGAGAUUCAAGUUGACCAUCUAUAUCGACAAUUUUGUUAAAGGUGGUUUUGACAUGACGAGUAUGCAUGGACUCACAGCAGAGGUAACAAGUGAUUAUUUCACUCCUAGCCUAGAGUUUAAUCCUGUUAAUUUGAACAGAAAACGGGCUGAACAUUGUUUUUAUAUUAAAUUCUAGUUAAGGAAGUUUCUAACCCAGAGCUGAAUCUCUAGUGACUGUUUAACAGGUUUAAAUUCAGAGGGAAGACGUGGGAGUCUUUCCGAAACGAGAGGGAAUCCAACAUUCAUCGCACACACAAGGCAAGGAGUGACAAGUCACUCGAGUAUCAACUUUACAAAAAAUCACAAAAUACCGAGGUUUUCUCGAGCCUUUGAGCCCUAACUGAAGUUGGAAGUUGUCCCGGGGGAACUCAAAUGAAGUUUAGGGGUUGCCGCCGAGUCCUUCAAACCCUGACCCUGUUUACGACAACAAGAGACGUACUUUACGACCCAGAUUCGUUUCGUCGCACAAGAAAUUAAGACGGAAUCCACCAGAAAAUUGAGUAAUUUUAAUUUUCAGUGGACAAAAACCUUGUACCAGAAUAAUUUAGAGAAUAUUGCAAUCCUUUUUACAUUUUUCAAGGGCUAUAGAUGUAAGUAGUUAUCUGUAAUAACAGCAAAGAAAAUUUCUUAUGGGAGCCCGAGAAAAUAAAUGUCAAAUUUCACGGGAAUUGUGAAAACGUGAGGUAAAAUUCUGAAAAUUUCAUGUGAAAUUUUCUUUGGUGUUAUUACAGAUAACUAAUUGCAUACAAGAAUACAAUAUGCUUAAAUUAUUCUGGUAAAAGGUUUUUGUCCACUGAAAAUUAAAAUUACCCAAUUUCCUGAUGGAUUCCUCCUUAAACUGACAUAUAUGGAACUAGGACCCAGAAAACAAUACCCUGUUCAGCGGUACAUACCUGCCUAGUGCCCCCGGGAUGUUGUAAAAUGCUGCUUCUAGAAACAGUAAAAGUGCUCCUUGUUUGUAGAUGACACUCCAGAGACACAACAUACAUGUCAUUUUUCGGAAACGAUACGCUUUCUUUCAACAAUUUCACUGAGAUGUAUUUGGCACCACAGCUGGGGCUAAUCGAGCAGAUUAAUGAGGGCAAUUGAUGGAUCUUAUAUUUCAUAAUCACAAGAUUUGUUAAUUAAUUUGGUCCUUUUGGCAGUAUUACUUGUUUAGCUAAUAUCGCACGUGACCUUGCAGUCCCCGACCCACCCCCUCCUGCUCCCCGUGCAACAGACACGCGGACACCAUUAGUCAUUAACGCUAUAGAAAAAAGUUUCAAAGUUAGAUGCAUAAUUAUACUGGUUUGUGUGUUCCAUUCCAUCUUUUUCUAGGAUUUGACGGCUAUAAACGUCAAGAAAACGGGACACAGAAAAAAGAUCCUAUCAGAGGUGGCGAAAUUGGAAGAAACAACUGUUUUUCCAAAUGAAAAACCAGUAAGUUAAAGUCGUGAUACGAUUAGAUUCUAGUUCUAAAUAUCUUGUAAGUUGCUCUCCUCAGUCUUUCUCCUGUUUAGUCCUGGACUACGAACCUGGAAUAUAUUCGUAUGAUCAUUGCUAUAAUACGACAAUCUGACUUUCUCGACACGAUAGGAGUUUUUGUAUACCGUAAAAUUCCGAAAAUAAGCCCCUCCAUGUAUAAGCCCCUCCAGAUAUAAGCCCCCCAAACCGGUGACGCAAAAAAACCCUCCCGUUAAAUCGCCCCUCCAAAUGUAAGCCCCCCGGGGCUUGUACUUGGAAAAUUGCCCACAAAUAUAAAGUUGAACAAAGCAAAAACGGUAAAUUUACUUCCAACUAUAAGGCUAGCCCAAUCGAUUUUUAAACGCAAAUUUCCCUCCGUAGAUAAGCCCCUCCGAAUAUAAGCCCCUCCAAAAACGAGCCCCUCAAAAAGGGCCUUUGAAGAAUAUAAGCCCCGGGGCUUAUUUUUGGAAUUUUACCGUAUGCUACAAAGGGUUGAAAGGGCUACACAGGCGAGUUGUUGAAGAGAAGGCUUUUUUGAGGUUUGGCGCGCCACCAAAACCCACCUCUAAGUGCCCCCUAGGUUUUAUUGUUCAUUGAAAAUUUGUGAUACUUUUGUUGCAGAAAGAUAUCAUGAGUUGGCUGCGUCUUAUUGGUUUAGAACAGUACAUUCCCGAGUUUAUGGACGGCGGAUUUGAUGACAUGGAUUUCCUACAAGACAUGACUGUGGAAGACCUAGUAACGAUUGGAGUCACAAAGCCAGGCCAUCAGAGAAAGAUAUGGAUGGCUGUGAACGCACUGAAAGGAGGAGACGAGAACGGAAAUUUGUUAACAAUACAGACGGAGACAGAGCUUACACCGCAGGAAAGAAAAGGUUAUUUAGAAACCUGUUUGGACGGAGACGAUUCAGGCGUUUCCACGGAUGAGGUGGAACCCGAUAACGCGAGAACGGAUGACAGCGAAAUGGACUUUCCACCUCCACCAACUUUUCUGCUCAACGAGGAGCCGUUCGUGGAAGAUUCUUCGUCAGCUGAGUCUGAAUCUGCGCCCGAGCGAGGCUUACGAAAGGACGACACUCAGACACUAUUGCCGUGUGAAAACAUACAGGAAGAUCAACAGGAAGAUCGGCCUUCAGAACUUCCACAAAUAUCAAAUAACGCGGAAAGUAUUCCAUCCACCGAAGUUCAAGAAAAAGUCCUUGAUAAAAACGAUGUGGAUCCAUCACUAGGAGCAAACACACUGAACAUUAACCCUACUCCGGACAGCGAAGAUGACGAACCCCCUCCCCGUCCCCCUCCACCCAUGGAAGAUAUUGACAUCUCGCUUCCUGUACCCGACACUAAACUAAAUAACUUGGCGGAUGAUUCCAAAGUUCCAGUUAGUUCUGUUAAGGAUGCGGUGCGGAGAGAAAAUGAUAGAAUACGGGCCUUCACAGUGGACUCCACGUUUCAGAAGCCCAGGAAACCAGGCCCACCGCCUCCAGUCAAACCAAAAAGCGCCAAGAAGCCCCCUCCACCUGCCGUUAAACCCAAACCAAGAAAGUCAGCGUCUCUCUCGGGAUCCAGUGACAAAAGCUCAGGAGAUGAGAGCUCUGGAGAUAGGUCACCGAUGAAACCACAUUCUCCUCUCAGUCCAAAGACUUCUGUCGACAGUAAGUAUAUUUUUAAAGGUUGGGUCAUUUCAGUUGAGUGUUGAGAAUGAUGUCUUGAUUAUUUUGUUGGUGAUCAGCUGAAACAUUUUGCACCACUUUCUAACCAAGCAAAACUGAAAUGUAAAUAUAUUUGCUUGAGAUCUGAGUGAUUCUACACUGCGAGCAGAGGUUUCUCUUUUGCAUGGCUCUUAGAGUUUACGAAGUCGUUCGCGUGGCUUGUCUGUCGCGUAGUUUGUAAAUACAUUAUAAAUGAAACUUUCGCGGGGGGGACAGUAUUUCGUGUGACAUCAACUUAGAAUGGUGUAAUUCUUUUUUUUUUUUUUUUUUUUUGAACAUAAAGGAUUCUAGACGAUAUAGCUUCCUUAGGGCUUCGUUAAGUUCACUAAGCUCGGGAACAGUGACUUUUUCAGUUCCGCCUCGUAAACGUCACCCCUUUAUACGGGUUAAAAGCGUUUUAAUGGGUGUCGAUUUGUAAUUUGUUUUAGAGGGUCAGAAGUGCUCCUAGUGGAUGCGGGUCACAAGUUCAUCAGCCAUGCCCUGCUGUAUUGUCUACUACCUUAAUAACUUUUUAUUACUUUAGUACACCAUAAAAGAUAACUAUGGUGACCGCAAUUGCAUGACACCCCGCUCAACCCUCUCACUCGAUCACUCCACACCUAGUUUCAACUUUUGACGCUAUUCGCCAGUCGCCGAGCAGAAAACCGGACCGAGUUUACUUUCGCAAAGACUUCUGGGACUGUUUUAGGAACGGGUAAAAAUUGACCAAUAGCUCACCGGCGCGUCCCUAGUAACGAUCCCAGAAUUCUUUGAGAAGAUUAAAUGGAUCCAGUUACCCUCUAGUUUGAAAAGUGGCUGAUGAGUGAGCUUCUCUGGUGUUACCAUUCAAACGAAACCAUUUUGGCAGUACUUUCGAUUGAUCAUUUUUGUUUCUCAGUAUCUUGCAAAACAAAUUUAACACAUUUUGGAGGUUUUAGUCGUCUUGUGAGUGAAAGGGUUAAAUUUAUUCUCGUUUAAACUUUAUAGUUAGGUCUCUUGUAUUUCUUUAUCAGUUUAUUGAUAGACUGGAUACUUGCAUGCGUGCAAGCAUCGAUUGCCAGCUUUUGGAUCUCUUUCAACCCAAGUUAAAACAAAGUUGUGUCCCUCACCGGCACAGCAUGACAGUCUCUUGUGAAAAUUCCUCAUUUUUGCAUGCUUUUAAUAAGUGGAGCCUCUUAAUGCAUGAUUUAACGUUGUAAGGGUAAACAUCGUGAAUCUGUAAAAAAUGAAAUUUGAAGCUCAAGGUUACUGGCAUAUCCACUGAAAUCUCGGUCAAUUAUUGCAUGCGAAGCUGUAACCUUGAAGAGAACUAAUAAUGGAUCACAGCUAUCUGCGUAGACGACGUAGUACGCCCUCUGGUUUAGCUUAGAUUUAAACGUGAACGAUUUCGGUGGAGCAAUUUUUGAUCUUAGCUUAGAAACUGAAUGAACAGGGUUUCGUGCUUUCGUAUUUCGCUUUCUUUAUCUAAUCACUGAAGAGUCCGCAGUUGCACAGGAUCUCAAAGUGACCAUUUAGGCCCAGUUCCUCAAAAGAUGGUUUAAGUUUAACCAGGGUUACGCCAAAUUUCAGAAAUGUUUUCCUGUCCAGGAACAUGUUACUGAAGCUUGGAAAAUGUUAUUGAGCCUUAACUCUGAGAUCUAGUUACGACAAGACAAAAUGAUUCUCUGAAAAAUCUAUAGGAAGGUAAAUACAAUCGUGGAUUAAAAUUGUACUAGGGUAUUAGGGCUAACUGGUCUUUCAGAAACCGAGCACAAGCUUAUAUGCCUUGCAUGCGAGCUGGACACUUUCGAAGGGCGUGUUCAAUUGACCGUAUUUCGGAAUGAGAGUAAACACUUGAAAUCGUUUGUUUAAUAUUCAUUGCAUUGCAAAGUCUAGAAAUCUGCUUGAAAUGAAAUAUUCAGAUGUGUCUACCGUGUAAGUGGUCCAAAAAUAACGGUAGAAGAGAUUAGGACAAAACGUUUGCGUAUUCUUAUUCCGGAAUACGAUCAAUCGAACGCACCCCAAGUCACGUGAGUCAAUUUAUUGCAUGUGAGUUUAGUUACCGUAGUAACAGUCAAUCACGUUGGCCAUCAGGGCGCAGCAGCACAGGUUCCAAUCCCAACUUGUGGCCGUCGUCUCCAAGCAACCGACUCAGCGGAAACGGAAGUUUGCAUUCGCGUAGCAGCAGUACCAGCAGCCAAGGCUCGGUGGAAUCUAUAAUCGAAGAGAUGGAGGAAAAACGAAGAAGCUUUGAAAAGCCAGGCCGGAAAAGUAGCGCUCCGGAACGACUGAACACAUCUUACGAGUACAGUGGAGGGAAGAGAUUGAGCGCGGCAGAUGCCACGAGAGGUAAACAGCGGUUGAGUGCGUGUAAAAGAAGCAAGUACUCUUCACUGCACUGUAACUGAUUGACCGCAUAUUAAUCUACUCGGCACACGCGGAUCUUGUGCAUCAACCACCGAAAGCACUGCUUAUCUUGAGAAUAAUGUUAACCUUUCUUUAACUUGUAAACUACUAAUAUGAAAAACUGUGAUAACAAUUUGUUUCCAACAGUGAAAAAGACCUUCUAUCGUAAAUUAAACGAAUUCACUAUAACUCUCGUAAGAAAAAGCUGGAGAUUUAAACUGCGCUCGUAAACAUUCUUUUGAACUAACUAACAUCUUGUUAGGUUAAGCACUUCAUUUCAAUGUUUAUAGCAUUUAUGUCAUUGUACUUAACAAUUCUCCUUCUUAUAAUCUACCAUGGCCACGCAGGCUACUUUAUAUAUUGAACUGAUGGUUAAUAUUCGGACUAUACCUUUUGUGCUAUUUUUUUUUUUCACAACCGUUCUUUGAUGCAACAAUGGAGACCCUCGGGGUCCGGUGGACGGGGUGAUUCUGUAGGGAACACUGACAGUGAGCACCGCGUGGUAUCAGUAGGGCGGCCGUAGGAGGAAGUAACCUCACAAGCAUAGGUUACCGAAAACGAAACGUCCCUCACGUCUUUCUUAGCCCUCCCCCGAGUACUCAACAAAGUUUUACACGGGGGGAGGGGGCCGCCCUGAGAUCCAACCUUUUACCCUUUUAUAUGCUAUUUUUGACAGAAAAGGGACCCUUUUCGUAUAUCUUCCAUUGACAAAUGAUACCACUUGCACAUACGUACUUUUGAACGCUCCACCCCUUUUAACUGCUGUAAAUGCGGUGUCUUUAAGAUAUGAAAAAGAAAAGAAAACAAAACAAAACACACUUUUUUCACAGCCUUAAAUUCUUCUAUCAGCCCUUUUAGGUCUAUUUACAGACGGAAAGACAAAUUUCCAGGCCUUUUAUAUACUUCAACAACUGAAGUCCCUACCCCUUUUUGGCGGAGGCUACCCGCAUAGGCCAUCAUAGGUAAUACCCUCCCCCGCCCCCCUGUUCUUAACUCUUCCUUUACUUUGGCUCGUGGUCAAACGGAGCAUGGAGCCGGUCCUUUUUCCGUGUUAUGUCAUUUUUAAUUUAUUCUGAAUUUUAUUUCAGCUGAAGGGGAACUAGAUAAAAAAAUCAAACAGAUACUGAGACCGCGUUCCAGAGAGGACUUGGCCACCGUCACGACAGGUACCCACGGCCUUUCCGUUUUAUUAGAGCAAAAUUAGGAGAUCAUACACAAACGUUAUGGAUCUUGUUAAUUCCCUUGCUUGCACUUUGUAAGCGUAAUCUCAAACCUUUUUUAUGGUCAAAAUGAUAAAAAAGCAAAGUGAAGCCCUAACUCUGCAUACUAAAGGUAAAGCUGUUUUGUACUAUCAGAGACCUUGUAGGCAAAUUUACUUCUUUGUGCGAGAAUACCUCGUACGCAUAUUGCAUUCGGACGAAACGACCGGAAAUCUAGUACGUGGUUUAAUUGAUGUGACCUUGCUGAACUAUGUAUCUUAUUUUAUGUUGUCUGCGAAUAUAUGAUUUUCCUAUCAAAUUUGUUGCCGUUGAUGCAGUGGAUCAUUUUUCUUGCAGAAUCCUCUGAGGCUAUUUCUAACAUUCCGCAGAAUGAUGCAAAGACAACGUCGACAAGAAAGGACGGGGUGAAAACUGAGGAAGAGUAAGCAUUAUAGUUUAGAGAGAGGAAUAAGAACAAUUCUCACUCUUUCGUAAAACGUUCAAUUGCGUCGAAAAGUUUCGGGAAAAUAAUACUGAAGCCCUUGUAAUUUCGGAAAGACUUAAGUUCGCCUAGGAUGACAGAACAGGUGCAAAUUUUAUAGCGCCUCAUAGAAUGCAUUUCUAGAUAUCUAUUAAGUACUCUUGAUAGCCUAAAAAGAGUUUUCAGUGUAUUUAGCCGGAGGAAACCAUCACUGGGUACCCCUGACGUUUGCAAGGUGGUGGCGGGGGUGGCGGUGGGGGUGCAUAAACUUUCCCCUUACAAGGCAAACUUUUGUAAAAUCUCGCGACUUUGCGGAGCUGUUUCUUCGUUAUUAGUCAACAAAUCAUUCUCAAACUCGGCAACUUUAUUGGUCUUAAGGCGCUUUUUGCAGCGUUGUCGACGAAUUUUCGCCAACUGGCUCUUUAAAAGGUUGAAAAAUCCGUGGAAGGGUCUGUUCUCACAGGGUUAUUCCUGUAAAUCUUUUUACGACUUGUUUAUGAUUGCUGUCGUAUUAUCAAAUCCUUAUCACCACGUCAGUGUCAACCUGAAGGGCUUAUGAGUACAAGAAUCAAAGUAAAUUAAAAUUCUUUGUUUAUGCGCUCGUUAUGUUUGUGCUGAAAGUUGUUGCAUUUUUGGUCUCUUUUAGUUCGGCGGAGGAACUCAUGAAAGAUAUCAACAGUAUGCUGUGUGACUUCUCUUCAGAGCUAGACUCCAUGUUCGAUUAAAAUGGUAAAAGAAACGCUCAAGAUAGUCUGCAUAGCUAGUGCACCAAGUAUGGAAAUGGACAUAACCGGACACAGUGAUCUAUUUCCUUGACCAGUACUAAAUUAGAUGUGUUGGUUGACGGUCAUCUCGCCGCCAACGAAAUCGCUAACAAAAAGUCGACUCGCUAUAAUCGAAUAACUCGGAAAUAUUAAAUUGACACAGUUUAAUACCCAGGAUUUUACUCAUUCGUCAAGCUAAUUCUAAGUUGAAGUCGACCUAAAUACAAAUCUGUCGAUCCUAAUUGAGGAUCCUUGCGUCGAACUUCUCAUGCCCUUAACCCUUUAAGCCCUACUGAGUGAUCAGCAUCAAAUUUCUCCUUGUAAUAUCAAUGCUUUGUAAAACAGAGUGGCCAUGAGAAUUAUGGACAUGAUCACACAAGAUGAAUUUGCUUAAUGUUUUGUCAACUUCUCCCUACUACUUCUAUACAAAAUUAAUAGGUGCAGCAAAUGAGAAUUUCAAUUUUGAUCCUAGGGUUUAAAGGGUUACCACUCUAAAUACUGAUAAUAGCGUCAGUGAAUGUAAAAUUUGACAUUUGAGAGAUUUACAUGAAAAAAAAAAAUGGCAGAAAAAUCUUUUCUUUGAAAUAUGAUAACGUAUUGGUUAGGAGAAAAGUUUUGUUGAUGAAAGUUCGUUUCACUUGCUGUGUAUAGUUUGGACUUUUUGUGGCGAGAUGGUUUGGUGGGGACGUGCCUGGAUACCGAUGUGCUUCGUUGUUACAAAUGAACGCAUUUACUCGGCAUUGCAUUGGUAACUUUCAUAUUAAAUUGCCUACAUUUAUUUUCCGCCAUGAACGGUUUUCAUGUCGUGAAAGAAUCACGUUUAUGCAAACUCCACUCUUCUACAAGCACUUGGAUGCGGAUCAUCUCACGGAAAAGAUAAUCCACUGUCGAUCCCAAGUUACAGGCACAAAACGCCAUUACUUGAAGAGUUUUCAGUCAUUUCACCAGGGUCUCUACGGUCCUGCACUCUCUCACUCAAGGGGGAGACAGGAGGUUGAUGUUGGAUUUAAUCUUUUAAAAAUUCAGCAAUUAAUCUUUUGUUUAGUAAUCUACAAUAGAUGGUUUUGGGUGGCCUUUCUUGGGGCUAAUAUGUUUGAAAUCCAUCGUGGUCAAACAGUUUCUUUUAUUCACCAAAGAGGUGGUACAUUACGAAUUCACUGCGUUAGUGAUUGGUUAAGAAAUCUCGUGCCUUUUCCUCAAUCAGCCAUAUAAGGCAAUUUAAGUCUUGUAUGCGAUUUCCCGCCCUUGGUGCUGGCUACAGGUGAACUCAAAUUCUUAUUGGUUCACUAAAUGCAUCAGUUGAAAGCCGCCCUAAAGAGACUAUUCAUUGCAAGCUCAUUGGAAGAUAAUAUUCGCUUUUUUUAAGUUAAUAAAUUAAUUUUGAAAGGGUGUGCAAAAAUUUUUAUUAAGGCCCUUAAUUUCUUUUCGAACAAAAGGAGAAGAACUUCCCUUAACGAAGGCUGAUUAUAUUCAUUUGAUAAUCGCAAAGUCGGGGAAUACUUUUAAUUUUUAAAGAAAUACCCAACGUGUAUAGAGCUUUAUCAUUCUUUUUUAUUCUUGUAACAAAUAGACUUACAUUUUCUAUAAUUAAAC